AUGCACAGUUUCAGGCGUCAUAUAGUUGUGCCGAUCCGAUCACCACUUAUCAUUGUCCUUGAACAGACCAAGCGUACCACAACUUUCGCCACAUACACGCAAAGGCUAAUCAUAUACAAAGUAGAUCACAGCUGUGUAGUGUUAGACCACACACGCGCCACAGCUCGUCCAAGGACGACCACACAGAUGGGAGGCGGUAGCGAGUUAGACAACUCUGUGGUUACAAUAAAAGCCGCGGGCGAUCCAGGAUGCUCUAGUCUGUUAAGUACCAUUGCGCUGCAGAAACUUCAACUAAGGUACUCUAAUAAGCAGUCCGCGCUUAGCUCUAAUAGAUGUGAUAGAAGGAAAGAGGAAGAGAAGAUGAAGGAUCUAGUAAGUCAUAUGUAA